CGUUUGCGGCCGCUUGCGGGAGGCGGCCGCCUCUCAGGCCUGGAGGGGCUUCGGGGGUCCCCGCGGUCAGCACACGGAGCUGUGUUUGUCAGCGAGCUGAAUUUACAGGGAGCUGCGUUUACAGAGGUUUUUUUUGAGGGGAAGGUCCAGCCGGCGGGGUGGGAGGCGGUGCUGGGGCCGGGCUAUGGAGCUCAGCGGCCUGGUGCGAGCUCUGAGGCGGGAGGAGCCGCUACCCGCGCUCCCGCCGGCCGAGCAAAUCCUCCUCCGGGUCGGGCGGCUCCUCGCCGAGGGCGCCGACGGGGCUCCCAAGGCCGGCGUGGUCAGAGACCUGGGUGAGCUGAUCGAGGCCGCGAAGUGCCGGUGGCUUUUGGGAGCCCUGAGCCCCCCGGCGCUGGGCGAGCUGGUGGCUGCGCUGGGCGCCUACGCGGCACCCCCGGAGCGGGAGGGAGAAGCUGCGGGUCUCCCCAUCCAUGACAGCGCACACGCCGCCACAGCUCGGCGAGCAGCAGAGGCCGGCUCGGUGUUUCUACGCCUCCUCGCAAAGCUGGAAGCUGCCAAAACCCACGAGUCUCUGGGCGUCCCUGUGGUGGGUCCGAUCCUGCGCCCUGUGCUGGGACCCCUCUACAUCUUCGCUGUAACACAUCUUGGGGAGAGGCCCUGGACUAGUGCAGAGUCACGGGCAGCGGCGCGGGAGCUGCUGGCGGCGCUGGUGCGGGCUGCCGGCUGCGGGUCGGUGGCUGAAUUCCUGCGAGGGAAGGAGGAAGAUGAGGAGGGAAGAUUCGCAGCAGUGAUGGGGCUCCUGAAACAGGAGUUGACCAAAGACACUUGGAAGCAUAACCCUGCCACAAAGCACGUGUUCUCCUGGACGCUGCCUCACGUCACCCGGCCCUGGCUCAGCCAUCACCUGGAGCGCGUCCUCCCGCCAUCGCUGCUCAUCUCGGAUGACUACCAGGAGGAGAAUAAAAUCCUGGGUGUGCGCUGCCUGCAUCAUAUCAUUCUCAACGUGCCAGCUGCUGAUCUGUGCCAGUUCAACAGGGCUCAGGUUGUGUACCAUGCCCUUUACAACCAUCUCUAUUCACGAGAGGCCCCUCUCAUCCAGGCGGUCCUGCUGUGCCUGCUGGACUUGCUGCCGGUUUUGGAGAGAGCCCAGCAGCGGUGGCGGCAGCAGCAGCAGCAGCUGGCCAGACCAACCGGCCCCUGCGACGAGGUGCUGCAGCUGGUUCUGACGCACAUGGAGGCAGAGCAUCGCCUUGCGCUGCGGCGGGUGUAUGCCCGGACCCUGCCUGCCUUCGUGCAGAGACUUGGCAUCCUGAUAGUGCGGCACCUGAAGAGGCUGGAGCGAGUUAUCCUGGGCUACCUGGAAGUCUGUGAUGGCCCUGAAGAAGAAGCCCGACUGGGAAUACUGGAGACACUGCAGUGCACCAUAGAGCACGCUUGGCCCAGAAUGCCGUGCAGGCUCCCUGUGCUCCUCAAAGCCCUGCUGAGGAUGAUCUGGGACGUACACGCUGACCAAGGUUCAACACCAGAGCCGGUAAAAGCUGCCUUGCUCCAGGGGGCCACUGAAUGCCUCAUCCUGCUGGAUCGCUGCUCUGCAGGGCGAGUGAAGGUCCUGCUGGAAGGCGUGUACAGCAGCUGCGAGGAGAACCGCGUACGGGAAUGCAUCAGGAAAGUGCAAGAGAACACGUGAGGCAUGGCUGAUCAAUGCUCACCCUGCUUUUUGUACAGUAAAAUUGUUUUAUUUAUUUAAAA